CUGUGGGUGAAGGCCCGUCCACGCUGCUGUCCUGAGGCCAUGGCGAAGGUGAUAAUGUUCACCCUCGUGGGACUGGCAUUGGCAUUCUUCAAGAACCACCAGUCUUCCUACCAAAAAAGGUUCAAUGCUUUCCGUGAAAUAGUACCAGUGGACCUUCCUAAGUGUAAUUUGGUUAAAGGAAUUGACACUGGUGCUGAAGACUUAGAGAUACUGCCUAACGGCCUGGCUUUCCUCAGUACUGGUUUAAAAUAUCCAGGAAUAAAGAGCUUUGAACCAAACAAACCUGGAAAAAUACUUCUGAUGGACCUGAAUGAGGAAGACCCAGCUGUGUUAGAACUGGAAAUUAAAGGAAGUAAUUUGGAUUUAUCUUCAUUUAAUCCCCAUGGGAUUAGCACAUUCACAGAUGAAGAUGGAGCUGUGUACCUACUAGUGGUAAACCAUCCAGCCCUCGACUCCACCGUGGAGGUGUUUAAAUUUCAAGAAGAAGAAAAAUCACUUUUGCAUCUGAAAACCAUUACACAUGAACUUUUGCCUAGUGUGAACGAUAUUGCUGCUGUAGGACCUGAGAGCUUUUAUGCCACAAAUGAUCACUAUUUUGUUGACCCAUACUUGCGAUCCUGGGAGAUCUACUUGGGUAUAGCAUGGUCCUAUGUUGUUUACUAUAGUCCAGAUGAAGUUCACGUGGUGGCAGAAGGAUUUGAUUUUGCUAAUGGCAUCAGUAUCUCACACGAUGGCAAGUAUGUCUAUAUAGCUGAAUUGCUGGCCCAUAAGAUCCAUGUGUAUGAAAAGCAUGCUAAUUGGACUUUAACUUUAUUGAAGUCUCUUGACUUCAAUACCCUUGUGGAUAACAUUUCUGUGGAUCCUGCGACAGGGGAUCUUUGGGUUGGUUGCCAUCCCAAUGGGAUGAAGAUCUUCUUCUACGACGCCAAGAGUCCCCCUGGCUCAGAGGUGCUUCGAAUCCAGAAUAUUUUAACAGAAGAACCUCAAGUAACUGUGGUUUAUGCUGAAAAUGGCACAGUGCUACAAGGCACCACCGUGGCCUCUGUGUACAAAGGAAAACUGCUGAUCGGCACUGUCUUCCACAGAGCUCUGUACUGUGAGCUCUGACAGGCCAUCUUGCAUCACAUCAUGGGAAAGAUUAGUCCAUCAUUUCAACCCCUUGCCACACUCUAAGGCCAUAGUGAUCUUAGAUGAAGAAUGAAUGUUGACAUUAAAUUUGGACACCAAGAGUCAUGAUAGUGUUUACUGGUAACAAAAAAGGGACAGCAGUGAGUUUUUUGAGAGUUAGUUUUU